AUGACUGGGGCAUGUUUAGGAUUGUCAAAAGAUGAAGUAAAGGAAACUAACAGCAGCGAGAGUAGCAGUGGCAGUAGCAGUGGGGGUGGCGGUGGCGGUAGCAGUGGCAGUGGCGGUGGCAGUAGCAGUGGCAGUAGCGGUGGCGGUGGCGGUGGCGGUGGCGGUGGCGGUGGCGGUGGCGGUGGCGGUGGCGGUGGCGGUGGCGGUGGCGGUGGCGGUGGCGGUGGCGGUGGCGGUGGCGGUGGCGGUGGCGGUGGCGGUGGCGGUGGUGGCGGUGGCGGUGGCGGUGGCGGUGGCGGUGGCGGUGGCGGUGGCGGUGGCGGUGGCGGUGGCGAUAAUUAUAGAUGCCUCGAGGGUAGAAUGGCAUUGAAAAUUGCAAGGAAAGUUGUACAGUGUAACGUUAACACUGCCUUAAAGAAUUAA